UGUCCCCUCUCUCUGCAGGCCAGCCGUCAUCCGGGCCGCUUCUGGAGCUGGGCUGUGGCACCGGCCCCCUGCGCGUGGUCCUGGGCCCCGGCCAGGCUGCCCUACUGCUCUGCCGUCCGGGGGGUGCCGGACCCCCCCACCAGUGUCCCUGGAGCAAGGACGGGGGCCCCGUGCCCGAGCACGGCCACCUGCGCACGCUGCCCAAUGGCUCCCUGUGGCUGUCGCCAGGUGCCCCCGGGGAUGGCAGCCGGGGCUCCGUGGAGGGCAGCUACUCCUGCUUGGCCCAAGGGCCCCUGGGGGCGCUUGCCAGCCAGGCUGCUGAGGUCAAGCUGGCAGUACUCUCAGGCUUCUCUCUGCACCCCGAGUCCCAGGCAGUGGAGAAGGGCGGGACGGCACGCUUUGAGUGCCACACAGAAGGGCUGCCCGAGCCCGUCAUCACCUGGGAGAAGGACCAGGUGACAGUGCCCGAGGAGCCUCGAUUCAUCACCCUCCCCAACGGGGUGCUCCAGGUCCUGGACGUGGAGGAGGGGGAUGCUGGCGCCUACCGCUGUGUGGCCACCAACCCUGUUGGCCGCCGCUCCAGCCAGGAGGCCCAACUCAGCGUGAGCCCCCGAGGGUCCCUGGCAUCCACCAGGGGGCAGGAUGUGGCCAUCAUGGCGGCCCCGGAGAACACCACCGUGGUGUCUGGCCAGAGUGUGGUGAUGGAGUGUGUGGCCUCAGCCGACCCCACCCCUUUCGUAUCCUGGGUUCGACAGGAUGGGAAGCCCAUCGCCACCGAUGCUGUAGUUCUGGGCACCAACCUGCUGGUGGCCCACGCGCAGCCCCACCAUGCUGGCGUCUAUGUGUGUCGCGCCAACAAGCCCCGAACCCGUCAUUUCACUGCUGCAGCCGCUGAGCUCCGGGUGCUGGCGGCCCCGGCCAUCUCGCAGGCACCGGAGCCACUCUCUCGGACCCGGGCCAGCACCGCGCGCUUCGUGUGCCGCGCGUCCGGGGAGCCUCCCCCGGUGCUGCGCUGGCUGCACGACGGGGCGCCGGUGCGGCCCAACGGGCGCGUGAAGGUGCAGGCGGGCGGCGGCAGCCUGGUCAUCACGCAGCUCGGCCUGCAGGACGCGGGGCUGUACCAGUGCGUGGCCGAGAACCGCGCGGGCUCCGCCUGCGCCGCCGCCCCGCUGGCCGUGCUGGUCCGAGAGGGGCUGCCCAGCGCGCCCACCCGGGUCACCGCCGCGCCCCUCGGACCCUCGUCGGUGCUGGUGGCCUGGCAGCGGCCCGCCCUGCACAGCGAGCACAUCAUCGGCUUCUCUCUGCACUACCAGAAGGCUCGCGGCCAGGACAACGUGGAGUACCAGUUCGCGGUCAACAACGACACCACAGAGCUGCAGGUGCGGGACCUGGAGCCCAACACCGACUACGAGUUCUACGUGGUGGCCUACUCGCAGCUGGGCGCCAGCCGCACCUCCACACCCGCCAGGGUGCACACGCCGGACGGCGUCCCCAGCGCCUCCCCACAGCUGUCCCUGUCCAGCCCCAGCCCCUGGGACAUCAGAGUGGCGUGGCUGCCCCUGCCCCCCAGCCUGAGCCACGGGCAGGUGGUGAAGUACAGGCUGGAGUACGGCCUGGGCAAGGAAGACCAGACUCAGGCCACCGAGGUGCCGGGGAACCAGACGCAGGUGACCCUGCGCUCGCUGCUGCCGGGCCGGCUGUAUCGCGUGCGCAUGGCGGCGGGCACGGGGGCAGGAUUUGGGGUGCCUUCCCCGUGGGUGCAGCACUGGACGCCCAGCGCGCACAACCAGAGCCAUGUCCCAGUGGCCCCCACAGAGCUCAAGGUCCAGGCCCGGAUGGAGUCCCUCGUGGUGUCCUGGCAGCCCCCACCGCCCCCUGCCCAGAUUUCCGGCUACAAGCUGUACUGGCGGGAGGUGGGCCCCCAGGAGGAGGCGGCCAGUGGGGAGAGCCCUGCGGGGGGCCGUGAAGACCCCGCCUGGGACGUGGGACCCUUGCGACUCAAGAAGAAGGUGCAGCAGUAUGAACUGACCCAGCUAGUCCCCGGCCGGCUGUACGAGGUGAAGCUGGUGGCCUUCAACAAGCAUGAGGACGGCUACGCUGCGGUGUGGAAAGGCAAGACAGAGAGGGCGCCCACGCCAGACGUGCCCGUUCAGAGGGGGCCCCCGCUGCCCCCUGCCCACGUGCACGCCGAGUCCAACAGCUCCACCUCCAUCUGGCUGCGCUGGACGAAGCCUGACUUCACAGCCGUGGAGAUCGUCAGCUACACUGUGCGCUUCAGCCCCUGGGGCCUCCGCAAUGCCUCACUUGUCACCUACUGCACCAGCUCGGGAGAGGACAUUCUCAUCCGGGGCCUGAAGCCCUUCACCAAGUACGAGUUUGCCAUCCAGUCACAUGGUGUGGACAUAGAUGGGCCCUUUGGCUCCGUGGUGGAACGUUCCACGCUGCCUGACCGGCCCUCCACGCCCCCCUCAGACCUGCGCCUGAGCUCCCCGACGCCGUCCUCGGUGCAGCUGCUCUGGUGCCCGCCCAGCGAGCCCAAUGGGGAGAUCGUGGAAUACCUGAUUCUCUACACCAGCAACCACUCUCAGCCGGAGCACCAGUGGACGCUGCUGACCGCCCAGGGGGAUGUCUUCAGCGUGGAGGUGCAAGGUCUGCAGAGCGACACUCGGUACUUCUUCAAGAUGGGGGCGCGAACUGAGGUAGGGCCCGGGCCGUUCUCUGGCCUGCUGGACGUGGUCACAUUGCAGGAGAAGCUCACAGACUCCCUGGAUGUGCACUCGGUCACCGGCAUCAUCGUGGGCGUCUGCCUGGGCCUCCUUUGCCUGCUCGGCUGCAUGUGCGCCGGCCUGCGCCGAAGCCCCCACAGGGAAGCCCUCCCCGGCCUGUCAUCCGCUGCCGGGAACCCUGCCCUCUACACCCGGGCCAGGCUGGGCCCCCCUAGCGUCCCCUCGACGCAUGAGCUGGAGUCCCUGGUGCACCCCCACCCCCAGGACUGGUCCCCCCCACCCUCAGACGUGGACGACCACAGGGCCGAGGUGCACAGCCUCAUGGGGGGCGGCGUCUCCGAGGGCCGGGCUCACUCCAAGCGGAAGACCUCCUGGACCCAGGCUGGAGGUGGGCCAUGCUGGGCAGGGCCCUGGGCUGACCCCACACCCUCGCUGACCAGCGCUCUGCUGCCUCCUGCUGGUGCCGGGCAGACGCUGCUGCUGCAGGCCCUGGUGUAUGACGCCGUGAAGGGCACCGGCAGGAAGAAGCCGUCUCCCACCUGCAGGAACCAGGUGGAGGCUGAGGUCAUUGUCCACUCGGAUUUCGGCUCCUCCCGAGGGAGCCCUGACCUAGACUUGGAAGAGAACCCUGAGACCCCUGACUGCUCUUCGGGGGGCCUGGUCUCGGGGCCCGGGCCAAGCUGGCAGGACAGGGAGCCCAGCGGGGGUGAGGGGCCUGCCCCGGGGCCGGACAGACUGACCUGCCUGCCGCAGGGGGCCGAGGCAGCCUGCCCGUUCUCCAGCCUGCAGCCCCAUGGCUCGGGGGUGCAGGGGGACCCCCUGGGGACCAGCAGCCAGCCCCCCACACCCAGCCCCCCAGGAGCCAGUCCAGCGCAGCCCCGUGCCUCACCCACUCUGCUUAGCUCGCCUGAGGGGUGUGCUGGGGGACUGGCUGGCUUGGGCGGGGGACAGUACGACCCCUGAGCGCUGCUGGCUGCCAGGCCUUUCUUUUGUGGGGGGCCUGUGUCACGUGCAAUCUCCAACUCCAGGUGGCUCUCCUCCCCAGGGGCCAGUGCCCAGCCCUGUGGGCCCCUGGCCCGCACCCCUUUUAUUACACACUCUGAGAGUGUCUGCAGUGCCCUGUCUAUGACAAAGACGGUCCUCCAUCUCCCUGCGUCUGAGGGGGGACCUUAGGCCCGAGGCAGGGCACCCCUUUUCAGCAUCCUGCUUCUAGUUUUGUAAUUUGGGAAGUGCCUGGUUUGGAAAAGUCUCUCCCUCUGCCCACCUGCCUCCCUCCCAUCACUGCUCUGGGUUGUCUGUCUUCUUCCCUGCACCACCAAGUCCCUGGGGGCCUCCUCUUCCUCCAGGAAGUCCUCCUGUCAGUUCUGCUGUGUCUGGCUGCCUCUGUGCUUGCUCUGUCCUCUCUCUCUCUCCCUCCUUUCCUCCCUCCUCCAACUGAGUGGAAUGUGCUUCUGCUGCCCUGACAACAAGACUACCUCAUGUCUGCUCUGAGGCCACAGCCUUGUAACAGCCCCUCCUGCCCUACCACACCCGUCUCUUUCUUCUCACCUUGAGUGGAAAAGACCUUCAAACUCUCUCCCGGGGGAUGAGAUGUGUGUGUGUGUGUGGGGGGGGAGAUGGGGCCCCUUCUUGGAGGCCAUGAAUCCAAAUCACACCAGGGGUGGGGGCUGUGGCAAGUGGGGGAGGGGGUGGCUGGAGACCACUGGGUGGAGGCUGCUGGGACUCUGUUUCCCCGCUGAAGGUAAAGGGUGACCAGUGACAUGACCCUUAGCUGAUGAGGGAGGGAGGGGUGCCCGGACCUUCAGCUGAGUCAAACCCAGGGUCACCCUCUGCCCCUGCCCCACCUGCCCCCAACCCGCCAGGGCAAAUGGGACCUGGGUGUAGAGUCACCUGUCUGAUUCUGCCCCACGUCCCAGGGGGAGCCCCCGGGGGGGCAUAUUUUCUCCCCAGUCCAUCUUGCUCUUUCUCUUUUAUUAUCUUUACAUCACCCCCCCCCCCAUCGGCACAUCCAGGGUUAAUUCUGGCUCCUGGGCCAAAUUAGAGAGAACCAGUCUAUCUGUUCCAAUUUUUUUUCUCUUACAGUGAGCUGCUACCCUGGCAGUAUCUGUGUUUACUACACCCGCGUGUCACUCACAUUUGAGUGACACCCCUGCUUCCUACCCCUCCCCCCUGCAGCCCAAGGGUGGCAAAACUAGAGAUUAUUCCCGGGACUUCUGUAGGGACAGCCCUGUCAGGAGCCGCGACAGUAGCUCCCUCUGGACGGCGGACGCCAAGCGUCGAGAACACUGCUCUGAACGUCAAAAGCCUCAUUUGAUUUUGCUGGUUUGAUUUUUUUUUUCCCCCUCCUAGAAUGGAAAGUAAAAAACAGAAAGACCAAACCUGUUCUGAAUGGCGUGUCUUUCACAGCAGCAGGCGCUCGGCGUCACACCACGUCACACCACGUCACACCACGUCAUUUUUCAUGUGUUUAGUAAGCGCCAAGGCUCUGGUUUAAAUUAAAUAGCUGGAAAGGAGACGAUUUAUAACCCAUUAGGUUGGGUGGGAAAUUGUUUCUCAGAAGCAAAUAAGUAAUAACUCUGGUCUCUCUAUAACUCACGCCAAUGAGGAGGAGAAGGCGGCUGUCACACAUUUCCGGGGAUUUGGAAGCACUAGGGAUUGUGUCUUUGUAGGGUUUGGGGCCUUUCACAGGGUCCCUUUGUCACCUACCAUUGAGGCCUUACUUUUCUGAGUCUCACUUAAAAAAAAAAAAGAUGACUUUGUUUUUGAUGCAUGCCAAGUAUAAUUGACCCCUGCUCAUAGCUGUCUGUAUUCCGUUUAUCUUAUAUUACUUAAUUAUUUUUCAGACUUUUUUUUUUGUCUUCUUACCAAUACGAUAUUCUUGAGUGUUAAGCCAAGGCAUUGAUCAUGUAUCAGUUGAACCUUAUCAAAAACUAAUAAACUAUUUUCCAAAAACCUGGCA